AUGGAGGAUCUUACGAAUGUCACGAUAAAUGGAAGAAUGCCUGAAUAUUUUGACUUGUUUUUAACUGAGGAUGAUUUACUAUAUAGGGGGAGCAUACCUAAUGCCGUUGUGCGAUGGAGUAAUAUCGACAGAGAACAUUUCUGUUUGGACUACGAGAUGACAACUGACGGAAAACUGAUGAAAGUCGAACCAACAUUCAGAAUGUUAUAUGACCAAGAAACGGAUUUUAACUGGAACGAAUAUUAUGUUAAAGCGGGGGCCUUGCUCGUUUCCUGCGUAUUUCUCAUAAUAGUGUUGCUCGUCUAUUGCGUCUUGCCCGAGUUGAGGAAUCUGGCCGGAAAGGUGUUGAUGGCGUACGCAGGAAGCCUCUUAUGCGCCUACUCACUGUUGGCGACAAUGAUAUUUAUAAUGAUCAGAGCGUACGACGAAGAGCCCGUCACGACCACCUUCUGCGUUGCCUUAUCAUCUGCCAUAUAUUUCUUUUUUAUGGCAAGCUUUUUAUGGAUGAACGUGAUGUCGUGGGACCUUUGGCGUGCUUUUCGCCGCUUGGUCGACUUCCGUCAACCUCAACGUUCAGCUCACCCUUCCACGUUCUUUUUGUAUAGUGGCUACGCGUGGGGCGUGGCCUUUUGUAUGAUGCUCGUGUUUGUUCUGCUCAAUGAAUACCCAAUGCCUCCCGGUGUCAUCACUCCCAACAUACCAUUGCUCGGAUGCUUCAUUGACGAACCGGAGAAAAUGAUAUAUUUUUACGUCCCGAUGCUGAUCCUAAUAUCGUGCAAUUGGAUCCUGUUCCUGUUGACCGCGUACAAUUUUUGGCAAUACGACAAAUCCAAGGGAGUGCUGAACAAGCGAAACUCUUCAGCACCGGCAAAAAAUCAUGCCACUCGUCAAAGGUUCAUUAUGUACUUAAAGUUUUCGCUGAUUAUGGGGAUAAGUUUUAUUUUAGAAGCUACCAGUUCUAAGGCACCUACAUUGUCGUUGUGGUAUAUUACUGAUAUGUACAACAUGCUCAUCGGCGUGGCGUUCUUCGCAAUCUUCGUUUGCAAGCGGAGGAUAUUACGGAUGCUUAUUAGGAAGUUCCGAUUGUGUUGCCGUAAGGAAGGGUCGAAUAUUGGUACCAGGGUCAAUUUACAAGCGAGCAAAGUCUACUUCUCCAACGGUGAUAUUACUGAAUCUCCACUU